AAAGUAACUGACACACCUCACAAAUCUCACCACAUUUCAUUGCUGGUGUCUCUGCCUCCUUGCCUCCUGUUUUCGUCUUUGCUCUUCACUUUUGCUUAUUUAUUUCUCUCAAAGCAAAAUGCGUGAGAUAGUUCACCUUCAAGCCGGCCAAUGCGGCAACCAAAUUGGUGCAAAAUUUUGGGAGGUCAUCUCAGAUGAGCACGGUAUCGACCCAACUGGUACCUAUCAUGGUGACUCCGACCUCCAGCUCGAGAGGAUCAACGUUUACUAUAACGAGGCCACUGGUGGAAAAUACGUCCCAAGGGCCGUCCUUGUGGAUCUUGAGCCAGGAACCAUGGACUCCGUCCGCUCUGGACCUUUUGGACAAAUCUUCCGACCUGAUAAUUUCGUUUUUGGUCAAAGUGGAGCUGGUAACAACUGGGCCAAAGGUCACUACACCGAAGGCGCUGAACUAGUCGACUCCGUUCUAGAUGUUGUUAGGAAAGAGGCUGAGAGUUGCGAUUGCCUCCAAGGGUUCCAACUCACCCACUCUCUUGGCGGUGGCACUGGCUCUGGAAUGGGUACUCUUCUUAUCUCCAAGAUCCGUGAGGAGUAUCCCGAUAGAAUCAUGAAUACAUUUAGCGUCGUUCCAUCUCCCAAAGUAUCCGAUACUGUGGUUGAGCCCUACAACGCUACACUCUCUGUACAUCAACUGGUUGAGAACACCGAUGAAACCUUCUGUAUCGACAAUGAAGCUCUGUAUGAUAUCUGUUUCCGUACCCUUAAGCUCACUACUCCAACUUAUGGCGACUUGAAUCAUCUUGUUUCUGCUACAAUGAGUGGCGUUACCACUUGCCUCCGUUUCCCUGGUCAGCUUAACGCUGAUCUCCGUAAACUUGCCGUUAACAUGGUGCCCUUCCCACGUCUUCACUUCUUCAUGCCUGGUUUUGCUCCACUCACCAGCCGUGGCUCCCAGCAAUACCGUGCUCUCACUGUUCCUGAACUUACCCAGCAAAUGUUUGACGCUAAGAACAUGAUGGCUGCCUGUGACCCACGUCACGGACGCUACCUCACCGUUGCCGCCAUGUUCCGUGGUCGCAUGUCCAUGAAGGAAGUUGAUGAGCAAAUGCUCAACGUCCAGAACAAGAACAGCUCUUACUUUGUUGAGUGGAUCCCCAACAACGUCAAGACUGCCGUUUGUGACAUACCUCCCCGCGGACUCAAGAUGUCUGCCACUUUCAUUGGAAACAGCACAGCCAUCCAGGAGCUGUUCAAGCGUAUCAGCGAGCAGUUCACUGCUAUGUUCCGUCGUAAGGCUUUCUUGCAUUGGUACACUGGAGAGGGUAUGGAUGAGAUGGAGUUCACUGAGGCUGAGUCCAACAUGAAUGAUCUUGUUUCAGAGUACCAGCAAUACCAGGAAGCCACUGCUGAUGAUGAGGCAGAGUUUGAUGAGGAGGAGGAAGAGGAGGCUGCCUAAGCUGACCCUUUGCUGUUAACACCCUCUACUAUUAAAAUAACUUGUCCAUAUGUUAUCUCUGAUCUUGUCUUAGUAGCUCUUACUUAUCAUUAUUACAAGAUUUUAAAAACACAAAAAUUAGAUUUAGUACUGUUAUGAUUAUUUUGAAGUUAACUUAUUUUGAAACCAA